UCUUGUAAAAAAAAAAGAAAGUCACUAGGGAGCGAUGUUUGGUGUCCACAGACCAAAUAUCUGAAAUUAUUGGCCUACCAACAAAGACCUGACGAACAAUAAUAAAAAUAUUCUAUCGUAUCAUAUCAUAUCAAAUUAAACAUUAGAGUAAAUACGUAUACAUGAAUAUAAAAAUCACACACCGUAUUAUUGCGUGUGUAUAUAAUGGAGUGGCAUGGUAACACACAAUCCCCCUCCCCCUCACCUUCAAGCAACAAUCUAAGUUACAUUUUAAAAAGUUUUAUAAUUCUUUCUUCGUAAGAAUAGUUAUAAAACAAUAGUAUGUUGAUUGGGAAUCGACAAAUGCAGAGAAAACCAAGCAUGCCGAGGAUUACCAUCGAGGUUGAUGAUAAUCAUACCGCCGGCCAAGAUUCUGACGUGUCUAUGGCGGUGGUAGACGGCGGAGAUAAUUUCGACCAGCGGUUCUUGGCGAUGUUAUCACCGAGAAAUCACACAAGGACCGAGAGAAAAGACUGUGGGAAAUCAACGUUGCCGUCAUCGUCUUUUCUUGGAAGCUGUGGCUUUUGCAAACGCCGUUUAGCUCCCGGCCGUGAUAUUUACAUGUACAAAGGGGAUGCAGCGUUUUGUAGCAUGGAAUGCAGAGAACAACAGAUUGAGCAGGACAGGCAAAACUCCAAGCAGAGCGCCAGAGUCGUUCUAUCACCAUGAAACUAAACAUAUGGAUGGCUCAAAUUAAGCUUUGACUAUUAAAGCUCGUGUGUGUGACUUGAGAUUGUUGCCGUUAUUAUUAAUUAGCAUCAUCAUGUAAAAAUUAGGUCAAAAAUUGAAAUGAAACUCUUUCAUGUCUUGCGUAUUAUUAUUUUUUUGGUGAAACUUGCGUAUUAUUUUUGUUUCACAUUACUUUGCUUCUUUUAUAAAUCCGGGUUUAUUUAGUUUGAUGCCCUAUGAUUUUUAUUACUUUAUGUGUUUUAAAAAAGCUAGUGAAAGUUGACGUAAGCGCACCACGGACCUCGUUUUUAUAAGAUCGAAUAAAUCUCAAAACCAUAUGCAACUCACGGUAAUUAAGAUUUUAAUUAGUAAAAAGUACACACUUCUUAUAUAAAAGUCACAUCAUCUGCCGUAUUCUAUGGCUAGUACAUGAAUAGUGACAGUGUGAAUAAUUUCUAUUGGAGAUUAUGAACUUUCCUUUGAUAUAUAUAAUAUUUUGUCAAGGGAUCAUUGGUAGAAAAAAUUACAAAAAGUAUUAAAUAGUGGAAUUUAAAUGGAGGUCAUUGUCUCGUGACGAUGAAAGCGUCUGAUAGUUAAUAAUGAGACGUAGAGUAAACUAAUGCGAAUGCACGUCACUCCCGAUCAAAAGAUGUAUUGAAUAUUAUCAUACAUACUGGAAAUGAGUUUGUUAACUAUGAAGACACUUUUAAACGGAUAUAAAUUUUUAACACGACAUUUAAAAUGGAAUGAAGAAUGUAAUUUAUAGCUCGUUUUUAAAAAACCUAAUUUAUAGUAGCUCGUUGCUCAAUAAUUGAAGACCAAAAGAUGUUAAAUAAUGGUUUAUGGAAAUGGAUCGUUAUCACUAGCUUAUAGAUAAGGAUUAGGUUUAUAAUUGGUCUAUAGUGUAUUGUUUUCUCUUCACUCGUCUUCUGUACUCCAAACUUCGAGGCUUAGUUGUUGGAGUUUCGGGAGUCAUCACAACUUGUCUUCAUUACUAAUUGUUGAUUAAUUAAUUAUCAACAAUUUUAUAAUCCAAGGAUUUAAUAAGAUUCAUUUGGUAUUAGGGUGUCUUCGAUUAAAUUAUCCUUCAACAUAUAAUAAAAUUAUAUGUGCCAUCAGAACAAUAAGAACUCGUUGAGGUCAUUGAUGAUGCUAUGAUAGAAUGGAAAAUAUUUAAACAAUUCUUUUAAUGGUUUUUGAAUCAAGAAUUGGUCCAAAUUAUACAGUUGCAAAUAAAUAUUUUUUUAAAACAGGAGCAUCAUGAAAAAGACCAAUACGUUUUAAAAAAAAAAAAAUUGCUCGUCAUCUACACAACUUGAUCGGAUUUUCUUAAGUUCACAAUAAAAUAAUAAUACAGAAUUAAAAUUGACAAAUUUCAUUGGACCGAAACCAUGAUUAAAUAUCGCAAAUUACAGUAGUUUACACAUUAUGGAAGUGAAUCAUAAAAGCGAUAUGAAAUUAUGGUCCAAUCUAGAAACACUUGUACAUUAUACUAAGCCCAUCUGGAUUACUAGAAACACCGGUAACUUCACACCCUAGUACCCUACAAAGAUCAAUCUAAAAGCUCUUUGAUCUCUGAAAACACAAGCAUUCAUAUCUUAAAACAUAU